GCUCACACGCCCGGUGCACUGCCCCUCCGACAGUCAGAAACAUGGCGUUACGGGAGCUAUCGUCGCUGGAGAAAUUUUUAGGAUUGAAAAAGCCGAACAAGUACAGUACACAGGGGGAUAAAAAGGUACCUGUACUACAGAAUAAUAAUGGUCCUCCACUGGUGGGGCUGGUGACCAUCGCCUGUCAUUUGGUGAAAGAGGCCAAGCGCCCAGAGCUGCUGGGUGACUCUGCAGAGAGCAGGGCUGUGGUGCAGCAGUGGCUGGAGCACAGAGUCACCAAGCUGGACGGCUGCACAAAGGAAGACAUCAAGACAAUCCUGAAGGACCUCAACCUCUACCUGCAAGACAAAGUCUACCUGGCUGGCAACCAGUUCACCCUAGCUGAUACUUUCAUGUACUAUGGAAUCCAUCCACUCAUAGUGGACUUGGCCAUCCAGGAGAAGGAGCAGUACAUGAAUGUGACACGAUGGUUCGACCACAUUCAGCACUAUCCCGGCAUCCGACACCACCUCCCUCCCGUAGCUGUGCUCAGGAACAGAAUUUACACCGGCAGACACCACUGAGACCUGACCCCACCCAACCCAGCCUGACUCAUCACAAGCUCGUCCGUCUUUUGGACUGUACCUGGGCAAAUUAUUUCCUAAAAUCAUUGUCCUAAAAUCGAUUUGAGGACGUUUCCACGUAGUCACUUCUAUCCAAGAUCUCCUUUUAUUCCUGUUUUAUCGGAUCACGAUUCCUGCCUUUAUGUUGUCCUGGUCACAUCCAUGAACUCGACCUGUUUGAUCUUUUGGAUUCAAAAAUAUAUAAAUGUCAAACCACAAAAAUCUGUGAAGAACAAAACAACUUAAAAUGUUUUAGUGUCAAAGGUACUGCAACUCCAUGAAGGGAUUACCGGCUAAUAAAAAUCUAGUUCAGUUCAUAUUCUUUAAAAUGUCAGUGUUUUUAAUAACUAUAUUGCUGAGCACCAUUGGCUGUUGACUUUAAAAAGGGCUGGAAGUGGAAGCAAGAGUCUCUGUCAUUCAGCACUGCUAACAUUAUUUAUAAAUCAUUUGGUGUCUUAACCCUUAUUCUGUAACUAGGGAGCACAGAUGUGAGACAGUUAUGUUGGUCUUUUAUGUUUUUUUUUUGUUGGAAAUGUUCCAGAGGUCUACGUCCGUAUGGUUGUUUUUCAAAGGGAAAGCUGUACGGGUUGCACUGAAGUGAAGUGCUGCUAGCUUGUUAAGAAGUUGUUUCUAUUUAUAAAUGGUGAUUCCUCGUUUAAUCUGAGCCUUGAACAUGCAAUGAUGACAAGCUUUACAGGUUCAAAGAAUACUUAAUAAGAUGUUAACUGGCACUACAUUAUGUCCUUUAGGAAAAGCAGCAUCCUUCAUGCCAUAUCAAUGCAUUUCUUAGCAGCAGUUUGUUCAAAUAAAUGCGGUUGCUGGUUCGCCAUCAUAACCCCAUAAUGACCACAGUCACUGCUGAGUCCACAUUGUUCUGCCAGCUCUCCUCCCUGAUGAGUAUAGUCAGCCUCUCUCAGCUCGCAUCUCUAUCAGGACUGUUGUGUUUGUUUUUCACAUGCGACUCUCAGCCAUUUCACUGGACAGUUUAGUUUCUGUGUGUGUGUAUGCUGCCGAUUACAUCCCCGCUCUCUGUCCCACUUCCUCACCACCAGUCGUGUGGGCAGCAGUGAGCAGUUGAGCGUCAGCCCCAGAGUCAGAGAUCAGAGUGAGGCUCCAAUCAGUCCCACUACCACCACUGUUGAUGCUGCAGGCCAGAGAGAGGGCAGCGGGCUCACCAGCUGCCACACAGAUCCAGCCAGCCAAGGCCAGAACCCGGGCCCCUGGGCGACAGUCAGCCACUGUGUGUCAUUUCAACCCUCACGCUCCCACGGGGCUACUGGAGAGAGAGGGACGCAGGGAGGCUGCGAGGGAGGGAGGAAGGGAGGGCGGGAGGAGGAGGGAGGCCACAGAGAGAGAGAAAAAGAGCACCCAGAGGCCGAGGGAUCUUUUUGUGACAUGUGAACAAUGAUCUGUGCGUCUGAAAGCCUUACUGCUGCUGGCUGGGUGUUUGCUAUUAGCUGUUACCAUUAACAGGUCAAGUCGUGGCAGAGGCAGAACCUGUAAAUUAACAUGAUGAAGGUAAUGAUCAAUAGACAAAGAACAGUACGAAAAUGAGAAACAAUAAUUUCAUUAGCUCUUCGUUGCUUUUGCUGAUGUAUUAAACCAGAAACACUCGUAGACUAGAGCAAAACAGUGACCAUUCUAGUCUUUAAUUCUUAUAAUACUGGAUGCCUUUGUGUUAUCCAUGUAUCUGUUACUCUUUACUGUCUUCUUCUGUUAAAAUGCUCUCAUUUCCUCCAUCCUAACAGGCUCUACAUAUCUUUGUGUCUUUCGCUUCAGUGCUUUUGUCAUCUGAUGUAACCAAGAUGUUCAACCUGUGCCAAUAAAUCAAAGGGAUACGCAUCUCAUGACCCCUGA